AUGGCGUCCCUCGUUGACACAGCUAUCACAACCAGUCAUGAGAUCCCUACAGCUCGUCCCAGAGAUAUGCAGGAUCCAGCUGGAAAGCAGAAGAAGAAAGGCUCAGAGAAGCCGGUAACACAACCCUCCAAGAAAUACAGACACACCUUUGCAGUCCACUCUGCUACCAGAGCUUCAUGCCUGAGCCAGGACUCAACCGCGUCCACCAGCUUUACUGGCUUCAGGAACUUGGGCGCUUUAGUAAUCAGACAGCUACUCACUGUUCCAGUUGUAUCUAACCUACGAUUGAUGAUUGAGAAGUUCAAGAAGUAUGGUGUUUUGAUCUGUGUUCGUUGCCAUGAUUACAGUCGACAAGAUGUUGUGUAUGGCAGCAUUCUCUACUUCCUCGUUCCUUGCCAUCUGUUUGUUGCAUACAUCAUCGAGCUUAUUGCUGCUCAGCAAGCCAAAGGGGCUCUUGCUAGAGCGAAGAAAAUGGGCGUAGAUGCGUCAGCCAACUCCGACCAACGCAGACAGGAGCUUCGAGCCUUCCGUACAGCAUGGCACCUGAUCGCAUUCGCCCAUGGUGUCAACGCUACUUUGAACUUGGCUCUCGCAACCUACGUUGUCUACUACCAUAUCCAUCAUCCUGGUAUUGGCACGUUAUGCGAGCUACAUGCUGUCAUCGUAUGGCUCAAGACGUGUUCAUAUGCUUUCACCAAUCGGGACUUACGCCACGCUCUACUGUAUCCAUAUGCAAGCGAGGUUCCAGAACUCUACAGCUCGUGUCCUUACCCUCAAAACAUCACGCUCCAUAAUCUCACCUACUUCUGGUGGGCCCCUACGUUGAUAUACCAGCCAGUCUACCCUCGAACUGAGAGAAUUCGCUGGCCCUUCGUCUUCAAGCGUUGUACCGAGGUAGUUGGGCUCAGCAUAGUGAUAUGGAUCGCCAGCGCCCAAUACGCAGCCCCACUUCUGCAGAAUUCGCUGGAGACUAUAUCUUCGCUGGAUCUGCCAUCCAUAGCCGAGCGUCUCAUGAAGCUCUCUACCAUCUCUCUCUUCUGUUGGCUGGCCGGAUUCUAUGCUCUCUUCCAGUCGUUUUUAAAUGCCCUUGCAGAGGUGACGCGCUUUGGCGACAGGGAGUUCUACGGAGAUUGGUGGAACAGCAGUGGAGUCAGGGGAUACUGGUCCAGCUGGAACAAGCCAGUAUUCCAAUUCAUGAAGCGACAUAUAUAUUCGCCCAUGGUUGGUCGUGGCGUGCCACCGCUUGUUGCACAGAUCAUGACCUUUCUCUUCUCCGGUGUGCUUCAUGAACUACUGGUCGGCGUACCGACUCAUAAUAUUCUUGGGGUGGCUUUCGCUGGUAUGAUAUUCCAAUUGCCUCUGAUUUUCUUGACGGACCCACUGGCCCGAAUGAGAGGAGGCAAUGGCAGACUUCUAGGCAAUCUCAUCUUCUGGGUCUCUUUCUGUCUUGUUGGCCAGCCGCUAGCUGCACUCAUGUACUUCUUCGCGUGGCAGGCCAAGUAUGGCAGUGUCAGCAAGCCGCAGCUGUGGAAUUCUGCCUGA